AUGGUCAAGUCAUAUUUAAAGUUCGAGCACAGCAAGACGUUCGGGCAGAUCUGUACCGCCUCCGCCAACGUUGUCUGGGAUCCCUCAACCAGCGAGGACUCAACGGGACGAGGUGGUGCAGGUCUCGCCUACGUCGGUGCGAACGAGGAAGUCCUAGUGUGGGAUCUGAAAAAGUCAGAAAGAGUCGGGAACUGGAAUAUCGAGGGCAAUAAUGCUGCGGUUACGGUAAUCUGCAGAAGUGAAACGGACCCUGAUGUCUUUGCGGUUGGUUAUGAGGAUGGCAAGAUCCGUAUCUGGGAUUCUCGAACGGCGACGGUGAUCAUCACAUUCAACGGACACAAAACUGCGGUCACGCAACUCAAGCUCGACCGGUCCGGAGUACGACUGGCGAGCGGUUCAAGAGACACGGACAUAAUACUCUGGGAUUUGGUUGCAGAAGUUGGAUUGUACCGGUUACGAGGCCACAAGGAUCAGAUAACCUCCCUCAAUUUUCUGUCAACCGAAAAGGAGGACCCAUCAACGGGAGAAGCGCAGGAAGAAGACAGCGGUUCAGACAGCUUCCUUCUAUCCACCAGUAAGGAUGCUCUAAUCAAAGUCUGGGAUCUUUCGACACAACAUUGCAUCGAGACACAUGUCACCCAGACGAAUGGAGAAUGCUGGGCCUUGGGUCUCAUGAAAGACGGUGGAGGCUGUAUAACAGCUGGUAACGAUGGAGAACUCAAGGUCUGGUCGAUCAACAAAGCUGCACUGGAGCAAAAACUCGGCAUCAACGCUCAAGAGGGACAAAAUAUAUUGCAAGAACGCGGCAUUCUUUAUCGUCAAGGAAGAGAUCGACCGUUGGCUGUGAAAUUUCACCCGAAAAAGGACUUGAUUGCUAUUCACGGCUCCGACAAAGCCAUCGAACUCAUGCGGAUUCGCUCGGAGAAUGAGGUCCGGAGAACUCUUGCCCGGAAGCGCAAGCGGAGAAAAGAGAAAGCAGAAACAGCGGCAGACGCAGAUUCUGGGGUGGAUGUUGCGGACGACAACGACGAUAUGACGGAUAUCUCUACCGCCUCAGCUGCGGAUGUAUUCGUAUCAUACGUACUUGUACGUACUGGAGGCAAGGUGAGGUCAAUGGAUUGGAGCGGUCAUCAUGGCAAAUCCAUCCGGAUUCUUGUGGCUACUUCAAACAACCAGCUUGAGCUGUUCGACGUCACUGGCUCUGACCAGAAAAAGACGGCUGAGGCCCCAGAUUACGCUCGGACUUUAUCUGUUGAUAUGCCUGGCCACCGCUCAGAUAUCCGUUGCGUCGCUUUGAGCUCAGACGAUCGCAUGCUCGCGACUGCGUCUCAUGGCAGCUUGAAGAUCUGGAACACACGAACCCAAAGCUGCCUGCGGACCCUCGAUUGUGGCUAUGCUCUUUGUAUGGCAUUCCUACCUGGAGAUAAAAUCGUCGUCAUUGGGACUCGAGAGGGUACACUUGAAGUGUUCGAUAUUGCCGCAUCGAGUCUGCUUGACACCAUCAACGCCCACGAGCGCGACAUCUGGUCUUUGCAGGUUAGUCCUGAUGGAAAGUCUCUUGUCACCGGGUCAGCGGACAAGAGCGCCAAAUUUUGGCAGUUCAAGGUCGUGCAAGAGGAAGUGCUGGGAACAAACCGCACAAAUGCCAAGCUGACUCUGGUGCAUUCCCGAACUCUGAAGGUUGCCGACGACAUCCUCAGUGUCUGCUUCUCGCCCGAUGAGCGACUGCUAGCGGUCAGUACCCUCGACAAUACUGUGAAGGUCUUCUUCGUGGAUUCUCUCAAGCUCUUCUUGACAUUAUACGGGCACAAGCUGCCGGUAUUGAGCAUGGACAUCAGCUACGACAGUAAGCUCAUUGUCACUUCCAGUGCAGACAAGAAUGUUCGAGUGUGGGGUCUAGAUUUUGGCGACUGCCAUAAGGCCUUCUUUGCUCAUCAAGAUAGUAUUCUGUCUGUUUUGUUUGUUCCCAACAACAAUGAGGGUAAUGGUCAUCACUUCUUUUCCGCGUCCAAGGACAAGGUGAUCAAAUACUACGACGCGGACAAAUUCGAGCAAAUUCAGAAGCUUGACGGUCACCAUGGCGAGAUCUGGGCGAUGGCAGUGGCUCACUCUGGAGAGUUCCUGAUCAGUGCAAGUCAUGACAAGAGCAUCAAAAUGUGGCAGCAGACAGACGAACAGAUCUUCUUGGAGGAGGAACGGGAAAAGGAGCUUGAAGAACUGUACGAGAACACCCUUUUGACCUCACUGGAGAAAAACGACGAACAGGCCGACGGUGAGAACGGAGGGAUCGAGGCAACCACCGCGGGCAAGCAGACUGCGCAGACACUGAUGGCUGGUGAGAAGAUCUCAGAGGCGCUCGAGGUCGGCUUCGAAGAUCUGAAGAUCAUGCAGCAGUAUGAGCAAGCGAAGCGGACUGACCCCAGGGUGGCACCACCACAACGAGAUGCUCUCUUCCUAGCCAACAACAAUGUCUCGGCAUCUGUGUUUGUGUUGAACACCUUUCAGAAGAUACCUUCGGCGUCUUUGCAGGAUGCGCUUUUGGUCUUGUCGUUCUCCCAGCUUCCGGCUUUGUUCACCUUUCUUGCUCUUUGGGCGAAAGAAGGGCGCAAUAUUCCGUUGACAUGCCGAGUAUUGGUCUUCAUGCUCAAGACACAUCAGAAGCAAAUCGUGAGCAGUCAGGUACUGCGCGUGACGCUGGAAGAGGUGCGAGACAGGCUGCGGCAGACACUCCAAAAGCAAAAGCAUGAUCUCGGGUUCAAUCUUGCCGGUCUACGGGUGUUAGGUCGCAGGGUAAGGGAAUUAGGGGAGACUGACUAUGUCGAUGAAUCGACGUGGCAAGAGAAUCAAGUCAACAUGACCCGAGGGACAAAGAGAGGGUUCAUCACUGUAGCCUGAGUCGAUCUGACCGCUAUACUUGGUGGACGUCUCUACGCCGGCCUGAUGCGAGGAUUCUAGUUCGACCAAGUCGACUGCUGCUUGCUUUGGGGAUCUUGGAGUAGGGGAGCUCGAGUUACCAGCUCGAGGACGGCUACGAAAAUUUUCACUAUCGCCAGUCCACUGCUGGUGUAGCCAAGUUAUCACUCACUUGCUUCAUGCAUCUCGCCGCUCAGACGGAGUUGUCGAAGGCAAGACGGUAAAGGCGGAAAGUCGGAAAGCUCAGGAGAUUACUGGUCAGCAAACUCGAAAAGCAUCGACGACAUGGGUCAAGUUACGCAUCCAGGCUUGAAACUCUCGGCGUCUCAACCCUUCAGCAGCCUGACUGUGACGGAACUGUCUACAUGCAGGACGCAGGGUGUCAUUGCUCUGUUGGAGCGCCGAGCAGUUGUUCAUCCAAGGACCCAAAUCAUUCCUCUUUUCCGGGCCGGGUUGCCUUGCGUAUCGCAUCAGAUGCCGAAAGCUGGCAAUUCUGCCCAGGAGAAAUAUUACUCUGCUCGAGGUUUCUCCACUUUGAUUUCGUCGAAGUGACCGCACGGCAGGCAGUCUUGACUGUCUUCUUGUGGUCUUUGUACGGUCUGGCUCGAAGAAGACGCUGAUAUUUUUCAAGUCAUCACGGAGUGUUGAAUGGCAUUUGAUGGCUAGACAUGUAUCACUGGCCUCAAUAAGACAGUGUGAUCCAUGUUCGGCCAGGAUCCUGGUGGAACAAGUCUCCUUGGCCUGCUCAGCGAACGGCAGGUUGUCAACUUGUAAAGCAGUCCCGGCAUUCAGGCCAUGCGGAUUGGACCGUGGGACAGGAACCGAGCCACUUAUACGGGACGCCAAACACUACAUAUUCAAGCGAG